UAAAGUAACAUUAAAACAAAUAAAGAAAGAUAUAAUUAGCCCUUCGCUUUUGUCGUAGUUAUGAUUCCUCUACUUUUUUUCUUGUUUGAUUCCUUUGUUCAGUCACAUGGAGAAAUGAGAUGCUCUCCACUGACACAACGCCCAAGUAAUAUUUUUAGCCGUGUAGGUCCAUCACUUCCCUCUAUGCGCUCUCCUGUAUGAUCAAUAUAGACAAGUAUUUUAGCACACCGUAUAAGCAGAGAAGAGACCAUACCAUCUGACUUUGCUCUGCUCUUUGCGAUCUCUUGAUCCUUCUUCCAUCUGACUUUGCUCUGCUCUUUGCGACCUCUUGAUCCUUCUUUCAUUUCCUUUGAUUUCUGUUAUUUCUACCCAGAAAACAUGGCCGAGGUUGCAGGCCUACUUCUCUCCCCCUUCCUCCAAGUACUCUUUGAAAGAGUUGCUUCCCCUGAGUUCGUUGAUUUCUUUCGAAGUCGAAAACUUGACGGUGGACUCUUAAAAAGGCUGGAGAUAGUGUUGCUGUCUGCGAAUGCGGUGCUCGAAGAUGCAGAGGAAAUGCAAUUUACAAAGCCUAUUGUGAAAAAGUGGCUUGAUGAGCUGAAAGAUGCCGUCUAUGAUGCAGAAGAUAUCCUGGAUGUGAUUCAUACCGAAGUGUUGCGACGCAAGUUGGAGGCUGAUCAAUUUCAAACUAUUGCAACUAAGGUACGAAAAACCAUCUCUACUCGUCUUAAUCCUUUUGUCAGGGAGAUAGAACCAAAGAUAAAAGACGUACUCGUGAUAUUGGACGAUCUAGUAAAACAAAAAGAUGCUAUAGGUUUGAAAGAAGGGGUUGGAGGGAAAUCAUCCGAAAGAUCGUCCACUACUUCUUUGGUUAAAGAAUCUGAUAUUUUUGGUAGGACUGAUGAUAAGGAGGCAGUAAUUAAGUUGUUGCUGUCAGAUAAUGCAAGUGGCAAUGAGUUGUGUGUGAUUGCUAUUGUUGGCCUGGGGGGACUUGGUAAGACAACUCUUGCUCAACUUGUAUACCAGGACGACAGGAUGAAGCGGCAUUUCGAUCUUAAAGCGUGGGUUUGUGUUUCGGUUGAUUUUGAUGCGUUGAAGAUAACGAAAACAAUAUUAGAGGAACUUGGAUUGUCAACUAACAGUGAUGAUAAGAGUCUGAAUUGGCUUCAAGUUACACUGCAGCAGAAUCUGACUGGAAAGAAAUUUCUUCUUGUUUUAGACGAUGUUUGGAAUAAGAAUUCUUCGGAAUGGGAGGCCUUAAGCAACCCCUUUAAAUUCGGGGCAGAAGGGAGUAGGGUGAUUGUAACCACACGGGACGAAGGUGUUGCAUCAACCAUGCGCUCUACUAAAAUUCACAAAUUAAAGGAAUUACGAGAAAAAGAUUGCUGGAAACUAUUUUCAAAACAGGCGUUUCAUUCUGGCAACUCUGAUGCUCAUCCGGAGUUGGAAGUAAUUGGUAGACAGAUUGUGAAAAGGUGUGGAGGCCUACCCUUAGCAGUCAAGACAAUUGGAGCUCUCUUGUGGUCUGAACUGGAUGUUAGCGAGUGGGAUAAGAUACUGAGGAGUGAAAUAUGGGACUUGCCAUGUGAUGUUAUUCCUGCUUUAAGAUUAAGCUACAAAUAUUUGCCCAUACAUCUAAAGCGUUGCUUUGCUUACUGUUCAAUAUUUCCACAAGAUUUUGAUUUCGAAAAAGAAGAGUUAAUCUUAUUAUGGAUGGCAGAAGGUUUGUUGCCACAAGUGAAAGACAAAACAAUGGAACAAAUUGGUGAUGAUUACUUUGCUGAUCUUGUCUCAAGAUCAUUGUUCCAACAAUCACAUAUAAGAUAUAUGAACGAGUGGUUCGGAAUGCAUGAUCUUGUCAACGACUUGGCAAGAUCUGUAUCAGGACAAUUUACCUUUAGACUGGAGGGUGAAAAUUCUCUUGAAAUUGGGAACAAGACACGCCAUUUGUCAUUUCGCGAAAUAAGUGUUGAUACUAUAAAGAAGUUUGGGGCGCUUUAUGAGGCUAAGGGGUUGCGUACUUUCCUACCUAUACAUCCUUACAACAAAAUCUUCACUAAAGAACAUGCGCUGGAUUUGCUGCCAAUGGUACGAUGCUUACGAGUUCUUAAUCUAUCUUCUUCUCAAAAAUUGAUCGAAUUGCCUGAUUCAAUUGGCAAAAUGAAACAUCUACGGCAUUUGGAUGUUUCUGGGACUCCAAUUAGAAAACUACCUGAUUCCAUAUGCAAGUUGUGCAAUUUACAGACUUUGAAAAUAUCGCAGUGUCAAAAUCUUACUGUAUUGCCAGGAGAUAUUCAUAAACUCAUUAGUUUGCGCCAUCUUGAGUUUAGUUAUACCCCUAUAAAGGAGAUGCCAGUACAAUUGGGUAAUUUGCAUCAGCUUCAGACUUUGUCUAAAUUUAUUGUUGGUAAACAAAGUAGAGCGGGCAUGGAAGAGUUGGGGAAUCUUGCAAAUCUUGGGGGAAAGCUCUGUAUUUCGAAUCUCCAAAACGUUGAAUCUGCUAUAGAUGCUUUGGCUGCCAGGUUGAAAGAUAAAAAGUAUCUGGAGGAGUUGCAAUUGGAAUGGGCUUGCGAAAAUGAUAUUUCAGAAAGUCAAAGGGCUGUAUUGAAGAAUCUCCAACCCCAUGCAAACUUGAAAAGUCUCUCAAUCGUCGGCUAUGGGGGUCAAAGUUUUCCGGAUUGGAUAGGCUAUCACUCAUUUGGAGCAUUGAAGGUUUUGAAGUUUAAAGACAUGCCGAAGCUGGAGAAAUGGUUUGAUUUUAGUGCCGGAAAUGAAGGUAGUGCUUUUACUCAUCUUGAAGAGCUUGAGAUUGUUAACUGCCCCAAGUUAACCGGAGAGUUGCCCAUACAUCAUUCUUGUUUAUCUAGACUUGUGAUUGUAGAAUGUCCGUUGUUGGUGACUUCACUUCCAAGUGCUGCUACUCUAAUUCAACUGAAGCUAAGAGAUUGUAAUGAGUCUCUCUUCAUGGAAUUUCCAAUGGGAUUGCAGAAACUCACAAUUGGAGGAUUUGAUGUGCUAGAGUCCAUACCGGAGAGAUUGAUGGACUUCAACAGUUCUUGUCUUGAGAAGUUAAAAAUUAGUGGUUGCCACUCGCUCACAUCUCUGUCCAGUGGUGGUGGUGGUCUACCUUCUACAUUAAAAAUCCUUCAGAUCAAAGAUUGUAGCAAGUUAGAGCUUCCAAUGCACCUGAACUAUUCAUCCCUUGAAGAAUUGCAGUUAGAAAACAGUUGCGAUUCUCUACAGUCCUUUCCAUUAAACUUAUUCCCAAAAUUGGAAUUCAUCAAACUAAUUGGAUGUAGGAAUCUGGAGUCUAUUAAUGUUCCGCAACAACUUGAACUUGAUUUAGUGGCCUUGUUAGAAAUUGAGAUAAAUGAUUGCCCUAAUUUCCUAUCAUUUCCGAAUGGAGGAUGGCGUGCCCCAAAACUUCAAGUGUUCACAAUCUUCAAUUGCCAGAGUCUGACGUCACUACCUGACAAGAUGCACUUACUCUGUCCGUCUCUUUGGGGGUUGCAUUUAGAGAAUUGUCCAGAAGUUGAGUCAUUCCCUGAAGGAGGCUUGCCUUCCAAACUAGGUUAUAUUGGCAUCAUAGACUGUGACAAACUCUUCGCCAGUAGAAGGGGAUGGGGAUUGCAAAAUCUCCCCUCCAUUCAACACAUUCGUAUCGGAGGCAAUUAUAAAGACGUGGAUUCCUUUCCGGAGGCGGGGUUACUUCCCACUAGUGUGGUUUCUCUUUCCAUCCAUAAAUUUCCAAUUAUGAAAUCUUUGGACUAUAAGACCCUUCGACACCUCACCUCUCUUGAUGAAUUGGCAAUUAAUUCCUGCCCUAAGCUGAAGUUUAUUCAAGAAGAAGGGUUGCCUACCUCCAUUUUUAAUCUACAGAUCAAAGAAUGUGCUUUGUUGGAGAAACAAUUGCAAACAAGAAAAGGAAAAGCAUGGCGUAAGAUUAGUGCUCACAUCCCCAUCAUUAAUAUUAAUGGUGAAUUGAUUUGACCAAGCAAGAGUGCCCAAUUUCAGUUAUAUGAUCUUCACCACAGAUGGACGACGACAAAGAUUAUUUCAGAAACAAUUAUUGAAGAUGUUAAUUGAAGUUCGUAUAAAGCCGCAGGUUUGUUCGGGUGAUAGAUACUUCUACCCAUCUCCUUUCGGAUGCUCUUCCUUAUAGAGAAAUGCUUUAUGUGCUUCGAAUCAAAUUGAUGUGUCCCAUAUCCAUUCCCAAGCUCAUCUGAAGCUCUCCUGCAGUGCUCUGCUGUGCAGCAGCAGUAUCUGAAGCUCUGGCUUGUAGUUGCAAAAAUCUUGGAAAGGCAUGGUGAUUUUGCAGGAUCUACGUACCUAUGCAUGCAAGCCAAGAAACAGGACUCGUCUCUUUCUACACGGGGUGAUCAAGUACACGAAUUGUACAUUUGUUUUCUGCUCUUGUUAUUUUUGGAAAAUCCUCAUAUGGUUUUACAUCUAACAUUCAACAUCACGAAAUCAGAUUUCGACAAGAUUUAAAGUUCAUUCGCAAGCUGAGUUAUUAUGAGGAAAAGCAAG